AUGUCGUCGUUCUCUGCCGUCUUCCCGCUAGAUACCUCGACCGAAGCUGGCGUGGCCUCUGUGCGGCAGGCGUACCUCAAUGCCUCGGCCAUGGCCAUCUUUGCCCUUGUGGGCUACACACUGUAUCACAACCUCAUCAUAUUCUCAUCCUUCUUCAAUCCGCUGCUCUGGGCCGCCCUCGUCGGCUUUGUCCUGCACUUUGUCAAGCUCCGCGCUGUGCGCUCGGUCCGCACCUACGUCGACUCGGCUGAGCUGUCGGCAUCAGUCCACUCGCUGCCAGCGCUUCUGUAUCUGGCUGCACUGCCGCUUGUCCACCUCGCCCAUCGUGUCGACGCGCUCUCGACCGCCAUCUUUGACUGGAUCUGGGCCAUGAUCGAGUGGGCGUGGGCGCUGUCGUGGGCCCAUUGCUCGCUGGCGGUGGCUGUCGCUAGUCUUGCGCUCGCUUGCAGCGUCGAACCGUCGACGUAUUGGCUUCUUCAUGCCGCGGCGUGCAAUCUUGCGCUUGACGCCCACCGGACGCUCCUGUGGCUCGCAGACUGGUCGUGGGCCUACAUUCUGCUGUCAUGGCUCGCACUCUUGCUCUUCCGCUUCCGCAUCCGUGCACUGGUCAAGCUCCAAGCUGGGCCCGGCCGCGGCGAAGAGCAAAGCGACACAGGCUCGGUCCAGCCGCACACCCGCUGGACGCGCUCCCUGCUCAACAGCCUCGACUGGGCUGUGUGCGCGGUGACGUUCACCAUCUUCCCGGCCGCUCCGCUCUACGCCUCAUGGGGCUCGCUCUGGUCGACGCUCUCCUCAGGCCUCUGCUGCGGGCUGGUCUACCUCGGCUACCUCCACAACCGCGAGGACGAGCCGGCGACAGCGUGCGGAACGCCAAUCGAAGAGGGCGAGGCCGGCGCCAACGGCACGCCGCUCGACGUCGCUGACCUGCGCACGCCGGCCCAGAUGCGCAAGGCGCCUGAGACCAUCGACGUCCAGGUCAUGUCGCGAGCGUCGUCACUGGCAUCGGCCUACCGGCGGACGGUCGAGCAGGGACACGGGAGCCGGCGUGGCGGGCGGCGGCGGCGGCGGCGACGAGCAAAGAGCUCGUCCAAGGUGCAUCAGUCGAUGUGGUUUGCGCUGCUGUACGUGCUCUGCGCCGCAGUCCUCAUCACCCGCUUCCCGCUUUUCCGCAUCCUGGCCGGCGUCGGCGGCGUCAUCGUCGGCGGUCUCGUCGUCGCCAAGGUGGUGACGCGCAUCUUGGCUGGGCCGACCGCCUCCUGGUCAUCGACCGUGGCGUACGCGUCGUCGACCCGGGUGGCGAGUGCGGCGGGGCGGGCAUGGGCCGACGCGCUCUGGCUCCUCCGCCGCGUCUCGCCGGCGCCGGUGGUUGAGUUUGUGCGGCUGAUGUGGGACGGCGUUGUCUAUGCCGACCGAGCCAUUGUGGCACAGCUUCGUGACAAGGCCAACGUCCUUGUCACACUCAUGCUCAUUGUGGCGUUCUUUGUCACCACCAUGGGCGGCGGCACCUUUCUCACCUUUCAGCUCCAGGCCGAGUCGAUGGUCAUGUUCACCAAGUCGCAGCAGGUGUGGCGAGCGGCGACGCAUGCGCCGCUGGUGGAGCGGGUCUGGUUCGCCUCGGUCGGCGCCCGCGACGCCGUCGCCAUGGACGCCGCCUUUGCCUCGGCCUAUGAUGGCGCACGAUCCGCCGCGCUCUCCUGGGUUCAAUCACGGCUAGAGGAGGCCUUUGGUACAAACGUGAACAUCACGUACAUCGAGUCGCAGGUCACAGCAUACUGGCUCAGCGCCGGUGGCAACGGCAACGGCACGGCUUCGUCCGGCAGCGUAUCAGAGCCGCCUGGUGUAGCGAACGGCGGGCGCUCGCCGGGAAGCGGCGCAGGGCCAGUCCCAUCCGAGGCGCCACUGGCGUGGAUGGCGUCGAUAGUGCGACAGGCGUCGGAGCUCCGCGUCCUGCAGUGGGUUCGUCGGCUUAAGCUCGCCCAAGUCCGCGAGACGGUGGGCGCGUACUUGAGCUCGAUCUCACAGGCAGCGACGUCAACCUUUUCGUUUGUCUCGUUUGUCUUUUGGCUCUCCUUUGCUGUCCUCAAGGGCACCAUUGACAUGGCCGUCUCGCUCGUCAUCUUCUUCUCCGCGCUCGGCUACUUUCUGGUCUCGGACACCUUCCGGCCGCUCGACAUUCUGACCUCGUUCUUGCCGACGGCGCAGCUGCAGGCCAAGCUCCGCAAGGACGUGGAAGACACGCUCAACCAGGUAUUCCUCGCCUCGAUCCUCCUUGCCUGGUACCACUUCCUGCUCGUGUGGGCCACGUUUGAGUUUGUGGGCGCCGAUCUCGUAUACAUCCCGGCCCUGCUCUCGGCCUCGAUGGCAGUCAUCCCCAAGUUCCCGUCGUUCCUCUUUGUUGUCCCGUUUGCCGUCGAGAUGUGGCUUGUGCAGGACAAGCCGUACGCCGCACUCUUUGGCAUGUUCCUCCCGCACCUGCUCGCGUGGUGGUUUGUCGACACUGCCAUCCAGGCCUCCAUCAAGCGCUCACAUCCGUACCUGACCGGCCUCGCCAUGGUCGGCGGCCUCUCGCAGUUUGGCCUGCAAGGCGCCAUCUUUGGCCCGCUCCUCGUUUCUAUGCUCAUGAUCGCCACCUCGUUCCUCACCUCGGAGGCCGCGGCCUCGGACGAGUUCAUGGCCUCGUUCACUGGCGCAGGCUCGUCGCCCACUCCCCUGCCGCCGCUCGCCUUUCCCACCCCGGCCUCUGCCCCGGCCUCGGGCCCUGUCGCCCUCCGCAAGCGUGCCGCUCACCAGCGCGCCGCCGCCGCAGACUCGCCACUCGACGUCGUCGCCGCCAGACGCGGCCUCGACGUCGACGAGCUCGCUGCCGAAGGCGAUGCUGUUGAAAAGUGAUGGACAAAGGCUCAACUACCUGUCCAAUUGCUUCUGUUGCAUGCGUGUGUUUGUGUGUUGUGGCUGAUUGUGCUACGCGUGUGCGCCCCC